AUGGACAGCAACUGGGCCCCACAGUCGCCAGAUUUAUCUUCCUACUACUACUCCGCUGAGCAGCCUACUCAUCCCCAGCAUACAGGUUACAGAAGUUCCAUUUCCCACGUCGCGCCGCCCUUUGCUCCGACACAUCCUGCUCCGACACUGCAGGCCAACCCUGCGCCACAGCCUUUUAUGCCUCGCGGCGUCAAGAAGGAGGAGAGCAUGCAAGAUGCAGACUACAUGCCUGACGCGUCGGUGCCCGCCAUCAUGGCAGACGCGGGCAGCGGCCUCGGCGGGGCAGACACGCCCAACACCGACCACAUCACCAUCAAGAACCACUUCCCGGUCGCGCGCAUAAAGCGCAUCAUGCAGGCCGACGACGAUGUCGGAAAGGUCGCCCAAGUCACGCCUGUCGUCGUUUCCAAAGCGCUCGAGCUCUUUAUGAUUUCCCUCGUCACCAAAGCCGCCGCCGAAGCCAAGGCGCGCAACUCCAAGCGCGUCGGCUCCAUCCACCUAAAGCAAGCCAUCACCAAGACCGACCGCUUCGACUUCCUCAACGAGAUCGUCUCCAAGGUCGCCGAUGCGCCGGAGAAGAACGAGGGUGACAUGGAUGUGGAUGGCAAGAAGAAGAAGACUUCAAGCCGGAAAAAGAAAAAGGCGGAAAGUGACGACGAUUUCUGA